AUGACUUAUUGUCUGUGUGCAAGGUUAUCGUCCAAGAGAAAGUUCUUUGAUUUAACAUGCUACUAUAUGAUGUCCGCUAUUUCCAUCUUUCGAUUGCAUUAUUUCGUGUUUGUAGUAAAACGUGGUGUCGUAAGUUUCCAGCUCUACAAUGUGGUGGUGAAGGACAAGCAUACGGCUCGAUUAAUUGUGGAAACCGGCCUGCCACAUCGUCGCACCUUUGUGCCUUGGACAGAAGUCGUACCACGUCACUACCACGACAUGGGCCAACGUUUCCGUCGUGCGCAAGAACUGGUACAUUUUCUCAUUUUGAUAUGUGACACCAUACAUUGUGCAAAGGAAGUGGUUUAUGACAGCCAAGUGAAACUGCGGGCAGUGACAGCACGAGGAGAUGACUUAAAACCGACAGGAACAAUGAGUGGAGGUAACCUGAAACGGAAGCAAAUUGAUAUCGACAAAAGGAAAUUGCUUGACACCAUCGCGUUACUCGACAUUAAGAAAACGCAGGAAAUUCACAAGGCGUACACGCAAGUUAAUCGAGACUUUGGAAAUAUUUUUUCUACAUUGUUACCCGGUGCUUCAGCUAAGCUUGAACCACCACCUGGAAAGACAGUGGAGCAAGGACUCGAGGUUAAAGUGGCUUUUAACGGAAAAUGGAAAGAGUCUUUGCAGGAAUUAUCUGGAGGCCAACGUUCACUGGUCGCUUUGUCAUUGGUGUUAGCUAUGCUAAAGUUCCGACCGGCUCCUAUUUACAUUUUAGACGAAGUCGACGCUGCUCUAGACUUGUCACAUACACAAAACAUCGGACUUAUGAUUAAGAAACAUUUCACUACCAGUCAGUUCAUUAUUGUCUCACUGAAAGAGGGCAUGUUCAAUCAUGCAAAUGUGCUUUAUCGUACGAAAUUCUCUGAUGGAACGUCUCAAGUUGUUCGAACGAAUAACAAAUCAAUAGAUUUGUCUAGCUUAAAUAAAAACAAUAAUACACAAAAAGAAACUGUUCCUGAUUUUUAA